GGCAAGGCGAGGCGGAGGACCGUGUGCGGCGGGGCCGGUGGCGGGUAGAGGUGUGAGGGCGGCGAGGGACCUGAGGAGUAGUCGGGCCGGUGUGGCCGCCGCCGCCGCCAUGCAGGAAAUCAUCGCCAGCGUGGACCACAUCAAGUUCGACUUGGAGAUCGCAGUGGAGCAGCAGCUCGGGGCACAGCCGCUGCCCUUCCCCGGCAUGGACAAGUCAGGGGCUGCUGUCUGUGAAUUCUUUUUGAAAGCUGCCUGUGGCAAAGGGGGCAUGUGUCCCUUCCGCCACAUCAGCGGUGAGAAGACCGUUGUGUGCAAACACUGGCUGCGGGGACUGUGCAAGAAGGGGGACCAGUGUGAGUUCCUGCACGAGUACGACAUGACCAAGAUGCCUGAGUGCUACUUCUACUCCAAGUUUGGGGAGUGCAGCAACAAGGAGUGCCCCUUCCUGCACAUUGACCCCGAGUCCAAGAUCAAGGACUGCCCUUGGUACGACCGUGGCUUCUGCAAGCAUGGUCCCCUGUGCAGGCACCGGCACACACGGAGAGUCAUCUGUGUGAAUUACCUCGUGGGAUUCUGCCCGGAGGGGCCCUCGUGUAAAUUCAUGCACCCUCGAUUUGAACUGCCAAUGGGAACCACCGAGCAGCCCCCACUGCCACAGCAGACGCAGCCUCCGACAAAGCAAAGUAACAAUCCGCCAUUACAAAGGUCGUCCUCCUUGAUCCAGUUAACGAGUCAGAACUCUUCUCCCAAUCAGCAGAGAGCCCCGCAGGUCAUCGGGGUCAUGCAGAGUCAAAACAGCAGCGCAGGCAACCGGGGACCCCGGCCGCUGGAGCAGGUCACCUGUUACAAGUGUGGCGAGAAAGGACACUACGCCAACAGAUGCACGAAAGGGCACUUGGCCUUUCUCAGUGGACAGUGACAGCAGCUGGAGCCAGCUCAGAGCAGCCCAGAGGGCCCCGCUGUUGGGAACCACUCUGGGCCCUCGCUGGGAGCGUGCAUUGAACUGUUUAACGCCAGUGUUGGUGCAGCGCUGGCUGGGGCUGGCAGACAGGCACGCUGGGGCUAUCGUUUUGAGGGGCUACGUCUGUCAGUUUCCUUAUCACUUUGCUGUAAUCUUUUUUUAAAAGGGGACAAGUGCUCUAGUUUGGUCCUUCCAAGUCGGCAUCAUGUUUAUCUAGUAUCCGUACCUCCUGUCCGAUCUCCCUGCACACCGCCCUUGGGGGAAGGGAGGAGGUUGUGGCAAAGGGCUUGUGCUAAGCAGUCGGUGUGGAAGGUAGCCCUUCCCCUCGAGGCCUCAUCAUUAAACACCAGUUCUUGGUGACCCCGGGGGCUGGUGGAUCAUUUAAAGCUUCGACCAGGUCAUGCCUGCUUCUUCCAUGUCCUGCUGAAUUCAGAAGCUAUGCCUGUCGAUGUGAUUUGAACGGGGCAGCCCUUCAGGGCAAACUUAAAUGCACUUGUUGCCUCAGCCUGGUCCUGCUCCAAGGUGGCAGUGGUGGAGAGGAAGGGCACAGGGCUCUCCGGGGUGAGGGUCUUUUUCCUCUGGGCUGAUUUUCUUGGAGCACCUACUUGACUGUGGGAUAUCUCAAAGUGUACCUUCAGCUGGAGCUGCAGAGCACCCGUUAAAUCGAGGCCACGGUCCAUCUGUGCACCUACCUCCUGGCCUGCCGAGCAUCUACACAGUCAUUCAGCUUUGGCCUCCGGAGACCCCCCUGCCCCCGAACCUGGAAAUGUGAAACUGUCACCUGCAACCCACUGGGCAACUGGGCCCAUUCAAGUUCCAUCACAAGAAGACUUUUUAUGAGGUUGAUUAAAAGCUUGUUUUUUAAGCCGCGUCUCAUUACUUCAGGGACCCCACGCCAAGGAGAGGACUCCGGCUGCUGGCCGCGUGAGAUGCCCGGGCACCAAGCUUUGAUACCGGUGCUUCCUUGUCCCCUUUCGACACAUACAUCUCCCGGAGGGAAGGGACUCUGUACUGGCAGCUGAUAGUCUGGAAGCUUUGGCCUUGUUUGGAACAGCCAAGUGAGGUUCUUACGUCAUCUCAGAUGCUGGAUUAUACCUGCUUAUUCAAAUUCGGAUCUUCUACAAGAUAAUUAGCCACAGCAUCAGUUUGUUCUUACCAUACACCCCAGAACUGGUUUCUAACUUCCCUUUAAGGAAGACCUCUGAUGAAGGGUAAGGAUGGGGUUGGGGGGGAGCUGGAUACAGGGGCAGUUGUGAGCUCUUGUCAGGGCCUGUGUUUUCCCUUGCUUCCCUGAAUCCUCCCCCAGGCAAGGAAGCUUCCUUAGCAGGAGGGCCCACAACACUGCAGCCUGGCAGCAAGGUGGAGGAGGGGAAGGCGUUCUCAAGCAUUCUCAAGCAUUGGGGCUUCGGGGCUUCUGUUCUGAUGUAAAAGCAUCAGCUGACAAAAAGCCGCAAGUGCUUAGAACACUCCAGGUGCGAAGAGCAGGGCGACCCCUCCAGGCACUUCACAGGCUCAACUAGAUGACAGCCCACCUCCUGUGAGCAGGGACCGGUCCGGAAGCCCACUGGUUCAAAGGCCUGAGC